GCGGGUGGGGACUGUCGCGCGGCUCCCGCGGGUCCCGAGUUUUUGAGACAGAGCCUCAAGCUGUAGUCCUGGGUAGAGUGCCGUGCCAUCACAGCUCACAGCAACCUCCAACUCCUGGGCUCAAGCGAUUCUCUUGCCUCCGCCUCCCAAGUUGCUGGGACUACAGGCGCCUGCCACAACGCCCGGCUAUUUUUGGUUGCAGCUGUCGUUGUUUGGCGGGCCUGGGCUGGAUUCGAACCCGUCAGCUCAGGUGUAUGUGGCUGGCGCCUUAGCCGCUUGAGCCACAGGCGCCGAGCCACCCGCUUCCAAUUUUGUUUCCCUCUGGGGUGAACAGCGCGGGAAAGUCAUUCCUAAGAACCAGUAGAGACUUAAAAAUAAAAAAAGACGUUUAUUUGUAUAAUAAUUUUUGAUGAUAAAUCGCUUUCACAGGCACAUUAUUGAAUCUUCGCAAAAACCUAGUGAAACGUAGCUACAUUUUACAGAACAUGAACGAUUGGGUGCCCAUCGCCAAGGAGUAUGAUCCACUCAAAGCCGGCAGCAUCGAUGGCACAGAUGAAGACCCACAUGAUCGUGCUGUCUGGCGGGCAAUGCUGGCACGCUAUGUCCCCAACAAAGGUGUCACAGGAGAUCCCCUUCUCACCCUGUUUGUGGCAAGACUAAAUUUGCAGACCAAAGAGGACAAAUUAAAGGAAGUUUUUUCUCGCUAUGGUGACAUCCGGCGGCUUCGGCUGGUGAGGGACUUGGUCACUGGCUUUUCAAAGGGUUACGCCUUCAUAGAGUACAAAGAGGAGCGUUCUGUGAUCAAAGCUUACCGAGAUGCAGAUGGCCUGGUUAUUGACCAGCAUGAAAUAUUUGUGGACUAUGAACUGGAAAGGACUCUCAAAGGGUGGAUCCCUCGGCGACUUGGAGGAGGUCUUGGGGGGAAAAAGGAAUCUGGACAACUGAGAUUUGGGGGACGGGAUCGGCCUUUUCGAAAACCUAUUAAUUUGCCAGUUGUUAAAAAUGACCUUUAUAGGGAGGGAAAAAGGGAAAGAAGGGAGCGAUCUCGAUCCCGAGAAAGACACUGGGACUCAAGACCAAGAGAUCGAGAUCACGACAGGGGCCGGGAGAAGAGAUGGCAAGAAAGAGAGCCGCCGAGGAUGUGGCCUGAAAGUGACUGGGAAAGAGAAAGGGACUUCAGGGAAGACAGGCUCAAGGGGAGGGAGAAGAGGGAUAGAAGCAAGUAGAGGCCCCCAAACAGCCCCCUAAGUGAAACUACAGCAUAAGUAAAAACACAGGGUACUUAACUUUAUAAGCAGCAUUAAAUAUAAUGAGUGAAUAAAACUUAUACUGAUGAU